AUGGACUGGUCUCAUGCUUUAAUUCCACUUGAAGGGAAAAAGAUGCACCUUACUCCUGAGCCUAAAGCUAACUUUACUGUGUUGAAGUCUGCAGACCCUAGAGAUGACAUCCUAUUUAUUGAAACUAGGCUUGGCACCCAUAUGUGUUUGUCAAAACCUCAUAAUAAUUUAGAUCAAAUUACCCCUAGCCUAAAGGAUGAGUCAUGGACAUUGGAGUUCGAUGGAAGUUGUGCCAAUGCUGGAUCAGGAGUAGGGGUAGUCUUAGUUUCACCAGAUGGUUACAAGUUUCCACAUGCCUUCAAAUUAGAACUUGCUAAUACCAAUAAUACUACAGAAUAUGAAGCUUUUUUGCUUGGUUUAGGGUUAGCUAAAGAAAAGGGGAUUAAACAGUUGAAGGCAAUUGGUGAUGUUGAGCUGGUUGUCAAACAAGUUAGAAAAAAUUAUAUGGUGAAGAAUAGUCAUUUGAAACAUUACAAAAACACGGUUUGGGACUCCAUUGAAUUCUUUGAUGCUUUCUCAAUUGAAUCUGUUCUAAGAAGUAAGAACACAAGAGUGGACUCAUUGGCUAUUUCAGCCUCUCUACUCUUGCCUCAUCCUGAUUUUGUGGAUAAGACCUUCCAAGUAGAAGUAAUCUACAAACCUAGCAUUCUUGAUAAUGUCGAGCAUUAG